AUGUUGAUUAUAUUGAGAUUUUUUAGACCUAUAGCUUUAGUUAACUUUAAGUUUAAAGUCAUCUCUAAGGUUAUUGCAGAUAGACUUUCUCCCAUUAUGUCAACAAUCAUUUCCAAGGAGCAGAAAGGUUCUGUUCAAGAAAGAUGCAUCAAGGAUUGUAUUGGGCUUACUUCUAAAGUUGUUAACUUGAUGCACAAUAAAUCCUAUGGUGGUAAUAUGAUUUGUACCAUCCUCAAUUCUUCUAAGAUUUCAGUUUCUUUCAAUGGAAAGCUUCAUGGGUUCUUUGAGUGUGGCAUAGGAGUGAGACAGGGUGAUCCCAUAUCUCCUCUCCUUUUUUGCAUUGCUGAAGAAGUCCUUAACAAGAGCUUAAUCAAUCUAGUCAUUCAGAACAAAAUCAAGCUUAUCCUUGGCCCUAAAGUUUUUGAACUGCCAUCCCACUACUUGUUUGCUGAUGAUGUCAUGGUGUUCUGUAGAGGUGAUAAAGUCACCAUAGCUUCUCUCAUUAACUUGUUCUCUAGAUAUGUUAUUUAUGUAGGUCAAAUGGUGAUUCCUCAAAAAUCUCACAUCUUUGUUGAUUCUAUUACUGAGGCUAGGAUGCACCAUAUUGCUAAUCAGUUGGGGUUUAAGAUAGGGCACAUUACCUUUUCUUAUUUGGAUGUUCAUAUCUUUAAGGGUAAAUGUAAACCUAUGCAUCUUAGACAUAUCCUUGACAAAGUUAAAUCUAAGUUAACUAAGUGA